CCGAAAUUUCUUAACCAAACAUUUUUGAAUAUGUAAAUAAACGUAAACGAAGACGGAACUUUUCCAAAUAAACAUCUUUUAUGUGGAGAAUUUUAAGAAUGAAUGCAAAAUCUUGUUAUCUGUUACAGAUAAGUACACAAAAAAGGCUGAAUUUGCCUCACCAGCAAGUGAUAACACUAGGGAGAAAUAUCGAUACUGAAGUGCAAGAUGUGUACGUUUCCAAAAAACAAUUAGAAGUUGUCGCAGAUUACGAUAAAUAUACGCUUAAAGUAAAACCAGUGGGUAGAGCUAUUUGCGGCAUUGAUGGAUAUGCUACUGUUAAAGAUAAGACUUAUACUAUAGGUCAUGGUCAUAUCAUUGAACUUAGAUUAGGGUACCAUCAGUAUCAGAUCACCUUUGAUCCUCCACCAGAAAUGGAAAAGAAUGGUGAAGAAAGUGACCCAGACCAGCAAGAUGAAACUGUACCUGCUGCCAAAAAACCAAAGUUAGAUUUUCCUAUAUUUAAUAACAAAAAGGAUGAGAUAGGUGGUUCUGCUAAAAGUGGAAAAUGGGAAUCGGUGGACAAAAAGGAACUACUGAUAUUCACACCAGAUGAUAUAAAACCAAGUAAAAAAAUAGCUGCUUUUGAUAUAGAUGGCACAAUCAUCAGAACCAAAUCAGGUGACAAAUUUGCAAAAGACCUUGAUGAUUGGGUCUUUUUUCUCAGUGAUAUCCCACAGAGACUGAAAAAGCUACACGAUGAUGGGUAUAAAAUAGUGUUUUUCACAAAUCAGGCUGGUGUCAGCAAUAAUAAAGUAAAAGUUGAUGAACUUAAACAAAAAAUUGAGAACAUUUUGAAAAGAAUCCCAGUUCCUAUCCAAGUAUUUAUUGCGACAGGCAAGUCCAUUUAUAGAAAACCUGCUCCAGGAAUGUGGAAUUGCUUACAAAAUGAAAAAAAUGCUGCAGUGGAAAUUGACAAGGACAACUCGUUCUAUGUGGGAGAUGCUGCAGGUAGAGAUAAGGCACCAUCUAGAAAAUACAAAGAUCAUUCAUGCGUAGACAGACUAUUUGCUCUCAAUAUCGGUCUGAAAUUCUAUACCCCUGAAGAAUUCUUUCUCAAGCAAAAGCCUGAGUCUCACAAAAUGCCAGAAUUUGAUCCUAAAAGCUUGCCUGAUGAGCAUUUUCCUGAAGUUGAUUUUCCUUCUCCGAAUGUGAUACUAAUGGUUGGAAGUCCUGGUUCAGGAAAGAGUCAUUUUUGUAAACAUUAUCUAGUACCUAAAGGAUAUGUACAUGCCAGCAGAGACAAGUUAGGGUCAUGGCAAAAAUGUGCCAAGCAGCUAGAAGAAGCUUUAAAAAAUGGUAAAAAUGUUGUAGUCGAUAAUACCAAUAUGGAUAAGGAGUCUAGGGCAAGAUUUAUUGAGAUUGCCCAGAAAUAUAAAGCUGACUGCAGGUGUUUCCUCAUGGUAACAGACAUUUAUCACAGCAAGCAUAACAAUAGGUUCAGAGAGCUGACGGACACCACACAUGAACCUGUUACAGAUAUAAUCAUAAACAAAUUGAAAAAGAGUUACCAGGAGCCAGAGCAAUCUGAAGGUUUUGAAGAAAUUAUAAAGGUACCUUUUAUCCCUACCUUUGAAAAUCAAGAGCAUGAGAAGCUUUAUAAAUUGCAUUUAUUAGAAAAGUAAUUCCUGCGUUUUUAUUUUGUCGUGUGAUACUUGAAGGAUAAUAUAAGCAUUUCAUAAAUCG